AUGCAGGAGGCGCAGGUGAACAUCGUGAGUAACUCGGACUGCGGCGCUGCCUACGGCAGUGGGAUGAUCACCGACGCCAUGUUGUGCGCUCAGGGCGUCAACAGUGCCGGGGAAGUCACCGACGCCUGCCAAGGGGACAGUGGCGGGCCGCUCGUUUGCGCUUCUGGUGGGGACGCUGCUUAUGUUUUGCACGGAGCAGCUUCAUGGGGCGCUGGGUGCGCAAUGGAGCAGUACCCCGGAGUCUGGUCCCGGGUAAACUACGUGCGUGGCUGGAUCGACGAGGUGAUGGGCGUGACUCCAGCCCCGACGCCAGCACCAACGCUUGUUUGCGGUGCGAAGGGUCCCGACGACACGCCCUGGUCAGCACAGGGGCGCAUCGUUGGGGGACAGGGCGCAACGCCGUGCGAGUGGAAGUGGCAGGUGUCCCUCUCGUCUGGGUUUGGGCACUUCUGCGGAGGAGCGCUCAUCGCCCCGAGGUGGGCCCUGACAGCCGCCCAUUGCGUGGGAGGCUCGUUCUCCAUCGCGGCUGGCAGUCACAGCCAGUCCACAGCAGACUCGACCCAGGUGGUACUUCAGGUGCACCAGGUUCACGUGCAUCCGUCUUACCAGGCAUCUUUCAGCUCUCCUAGGAUGUCAUACGAUUUCGCCCUUGUGGAGUUGAUCGAUGCUGCGCCCUUGAACGACUGCAUCGGGGUCGCAUGUUUGCCAGAUCGGGACGCUUACGACGGUGAGGAGUGCUUCAUCACCGGCUGGGGCACCGCUUCCGUCGCAGGUUCCACUCCUGACCUGCUGCAGGAGGCACAGGUGAACAUCGUGAGUAACUCAGUUUGCGGCGCUGCCUACGGCAGCGGGAUGAUCACCGAUGACAUGCUGUGCGCGCAGGGCGUCAACGGCGCCGGGCAAGCCACUGGCGCCUGCCAAGGGGACAGUGGCGGGCCGCUCGUCUGCGCUUCUGGCGGCGAUGCUUAUGCCCUGCAUGGUGCUGCCUCGUGGGGCUACGGCUGCGCAUCGGAGCAGUACCCCGGAGUCUGGUCCCGGGUAAACUACGUGCGUGGCUGGAUCGACGAGGUGAUGGGCGUGACUCCAGCCCCGACGCCAGCACCAACGCUUUGGCGGGCCGCUCGUCUGCGCUUCUGGCGGCGAUGCUCAUGCCCUGCACGGUGCUGCCUCGUGGGGCUACAGUUGCGCCUCGGAGCAGUACCCCGGAGUCUGGUCCCGGGUGAGCUACGUGCGUGGCUGGAUCGACGAGGUGAUGGGGAUUACCCCCCUGGCGCCUGCUUCUCCAGUCGCGAGGGCCGUGGACCACGGCGCUGCGAGGACCGACCCCACGGCGGCAGAGGCGGCGGAGCUCGAAAGGCCUGUCGUUUCGCAGGCGGCAUCAUCGGGCGCCACUCGGAGCGCCAGCGUGCUGCCACGCGGCCACGCGCAGCCCGAUGCGUCCACAAGGAUGGAUGUCGAGGCGGAUCUCGUGGCUCGCGGCACGAUGAUCAGUGUCGGUAUCGCGGCGGUCGGCGGAUGCGUCUGGACAGUUUGCCUGCUCUACGUUCUGAAAACCAGACUGCUGCCCGCCUGGCGCGGCGGUGUGGUCGACAGCGAUGCUGUGGGCCUCCGCAACAAUGCUGUCCGCAUCCAUGUGAGCGGCGAUCUGGAAAAGAAUACUGA